AUGCGCUUCAUUGACCUUAUAUGUGGCGCCGCCGCCGUGACGUCGGUGCUUGCUGCGCCAAUGACGGAGGCUGCCGGCACGUCUGCGGCCAAGCAGCGCCGCAAGAGCAAGUUCCAGUUCACGGGUGUCAACGAGUCGGGCGCCGAGUUUGGUAACAAGAACCUGCCGGGGCAGCUGGGCAAGGACUACACGUGGCCCGUGAAGUCGACCAUUGACACUUUGACGGGCAAAGGCUUCAACAUUUUCCGCAUUCCCAUUAUGAUGGAGCGUGCGAUCCCGACGAAAAUGACGGGCACCAUCAACGACACCUACUUCCAGGGCCUGACUGAUAUUGUGUCCUAUGUCACGGGAAAGUGA